AUGGCCCUCCUUCAGCCUCUCCUAAACCCGACAUCGACGUCGACAAGAAACGACAAAGUAAUACCAACAGUUAUUACUUCGACGGCCCGUCGGAGGUUGACCCUGCCAGAGCGGAUCCCCCGCGGAGCAUGGGACUCACACAUGCACGUCGUCGACCCGGCCGCAUAUCCCUUGGCAAGAGACGCAAUAUACUGCCCCAAGACGCACCGUCUCGAGCACGCCCUCACCUUCGAAUCGUCGGUUGGAAUCGAUAACAUCGUCCUCGUUCAACCUUCCAUCUACGGCAAUGAUAACACAUGUCUCCUCGAUGCUCUUAGAGCCCUGGGUCCUCGCCGUGGCCGUGCGGUUGUGGCUUUCGAACCCGGUAGCUUGCCGCAAAGUACACUGCUGGAGUGGCACAAGCUCGGUGUAAGAGGCGUCCGCAUUAACCUCUCAUCGGUUGGCAAGUCCCUUGAUGCCAACGAGCUCGAUAACCUCCUGCAUCGCUAUGCAGAGGAUUGCAAGCCGUUAGACUGGGUUAUUCAAGUUUACAUGCCCAUGUCUAUGAUCGAGCUUCUCGAGCCCAUCGUACCGACUCUUGGCGUCCGCGUCUGUAUCGACCACCUCGGCCACCCUUGCAUCAAAGACAUGCCUUCACACAACCCAUACGAAAUGAACGGCUUCAAGUCCUUGGCAAGGCUUCUUAGAGCCGGUAACACCUACGUGAAGCUAUCGGCUCCGUACCGACUGAGCUCCAAGGCCGACCAUAGCGACCUGGAGCCCAUUGCACGAGAGGUUCUUAACCUUCGUGGCAAGGAUAGAGUCAUCUUCGCAACGGACUGGCCGCAUACCCGGUUCGAAGGAUUAGACAUCAGGCCAUGGAUGGAAACAGUUCUUGAUUGGUGCGGUAAAGACGACAUCCUGGUCGACAGGUUGUUCAGAGGAAACGCGGAGGAUUUAUGGAAUACACGGCACAGCAGAUGA